AAUUCCUAAAGUUAUAAAUAAGAAGAGCUGAACACAAUCUGUAAUUGACGAGCGAGAGAAACCAUGGGAACAGAACGCUACGCGCUCCUUUUACUUCUUGCUUCUGUCGUGUUUGCAGAGAGUUUCAUCCAGGAAAAUGGCAAAUUGGACCGGUUCAUAGAUCCUUUCGUUCCAGGAGAUUUACCCGUCAACCACACGGCUUACCGUCAAGCUCUUACUCUCUUUUUGGACACCAACAUCGACGUCUACGCUCCAAACACUGCGGGGAACUUUCCAGUCCUCUAUUUCGCCACUGGAUUCGGAGCCAUUGUCCCCGCUGAGGCGCACACUCUUCUUUUGUCUUCUAUCGCCAGCCACGGAGUUGUUGUAGUCGCAGUUUGGAAACUUGGAAGUCCAGAGGAUUCCUUCAAUCCGGCAUGGUUCGAAGCAACUGUAGAUUUUGUGGAAAACAGAUUGGAAAAUAGCCUUCACAAUCAGGAAGGUUAUGUUUCGGAUUUUCACGUUGAUUAUCUUCAUUCGUUCAUCAGCGGCCAUUCGGGUGGAUCCCAUGUCGCUGUGUCGCAAUUGCAGACAAACUGUUUGCAUUACCAAGGCCUGAUCUUGCUAGAUGCUGUCGACGGAAAUAAUCCCAUCCCCGAAAAUAUAACAAUGUACGUGAUAACGCCCGGCCAAAAGGUCAAUUUCACUAUUCCCACUUUACAAAUAGUAACAGGAUUAGAUCCAGUUAUCGGCCCUUAUGGUUUAGCCUGUGCUCCGGAAGAACUCAGUGGCCGGCGAUUUUUCGAUGCCAUGACUGGACCCACUUGGUAUGUUAACGCAACGGCUUACGGUCAUGCUGAUCUGAUGGAUCCAAUAUACGUCGAGCUAAACGAGGUUACCCAGUUUUGCCCGAGUGAUCCUAACGUUCAUAAGGAGGAAUACAUUCAAUUUCUCGCCGGGGAAAUCAUUUCUUUCAUGAACGGGGUGCUGGAUCCUGUUGGCAACUGUGCGUUGUUUGAUUACUUAGAGACAAGUGGACUUGUCAGCGUUAAUACCGAAAACGAUUACGUCUCGAACGGAUGGGAACGGUGCACGCCACUCCACUGCAUCCUGACUCCCAGCUCCUAUUCUUUUUUCUCAUCCUGGCCAUAACUUUGAAUUUUCCACUUCUCCUAGCAACAUUAUUUAAGAACGUCUAUUCCUGAUUGG